GAAAGUGUGGCUGUGCCCACUGCAGUGCCAGCUUUAUUUGUUGGUCAAUUUGUUUAAAAGAAUUUAGAAACCGUGCAAAGAACUCCAUCGCCGGAACCCACAUAGACGAUAAAGCCUGCCUGGAUGGCAGAGAAAUCGCUGGUUAUGGAGGGCACAGUACCGGAGGCCAAGUACCAGAAACUGGCCACAGAAUACUCAAAGCUGAGGGCCCAAGCGACGGUGCUGAAGAAGGCGGUGCUGGAGGAGCAGUCCAAGGAGGCCAGCCUGCGGGAGCAGCUGCAGCAGUACGCCACCUCGUUGCGGCGUACGGAGCAGGAGGUGGACUCUCUGGGCUUUCGCAACAAGCAGCUGGAGUCCCGGGUGUCCCAGCUGCAACAGGAAAUCUCGGUGCACGAGCAGCCCAAGAAGAAGGACAAGGAUUCCGGCGGCAGGCGGGGAUUACAGAACAAUGGUAGCCGCCCAGAAGCCGAUCCACCAUCGGAUGCCGCUCAAGAAGCGCUCAUCUUUGAGGAACUGCAGAAGAAAAUCAUGGAGAAUGCGCAGCUGACGUCAUUGAUUGACGACAAGCAAAGGGAUCUGCUGCUGCACACGGAGCGCAUUGCGUCGCUGGAACAAAAGCUGGAGAAGCGCAUCGGCGAUCAGAACGAGCUGGAGAAGCGACUCAGGAAGGAGGUGGAAACGCUGCAGCACAGGAACAGCGAGCUGGAAACUAAGCUUGUCGAUGCGGCCAGCAUGCUUGGCAGCGAGGAUGCACUGAGCGCCACCGGCAGCGAUAAUACUCCUCUCCACAAUCUCCAGCAGCAGUCGAAUAGCAACCAACUCACUUCCGAGGAUCGCAUUGCGCUGCUCGAGAAGGAGGCGGCGCAUUGGAGGGCUCAAUUUGAAGUGGCCAAGCUGCACCAAGCAUUUGUCUCGAACCCCAGCAAGGAUCUCAGCACGUGCAGCUGCAGCUCGGCGGCGGCGGGCGUCACCGUUCGACCGGCAGAGCCGGAGACGAAAGGCAGCCAGCGGGCGCGAGACUCACUGCAGGAUCCAGCCGAGCCGCCCUCCAAGGAGCAACUCAUUUACAGUGUGUUCAGCAAGAAGUUCGAGGAUCUGAUGCGACUGAAAGUGCAAGCGGAGUCGAAGCUGCGAUCUUACGAGCUGGAGGUGCAGCAUCUGCAAAACUGCCUGGAGAACGCGACGCACGAACUGAAGGCCAAGGACGAUCAGUUGGCCAGUUUGGGGGGAGCCCUGCAAAUGCUCGAAGAGGAGUUGACCACGACGCGUAUUAACUACGAGGAGCAAAUCAGCGUGCUGACGGAGCAGGUCAUUAGUUUAAGUGACCAGCUGGCCGCCUGCAAGUGAGCAUGGACAGCGGAGCGCAUCCCGCCCAGCUGCUUUACUGUAUAUUGUUGUAAAAUAACUAACUGGGAACGCCCGCUCCCCCCCUGUUUUGUUAUUGUCCACCCUCGACGUGUAUAUAACUGAACAUUCUAUAUGUAUUAAAUAAUUCUCUAAAGUUUAAA